GCGCAAGUCAAGGCAACAGGUCGAUCAAUACUGAAACCGACUGAACUGAACACUAUUAAAGUGAUCCAAGUAUCAACAAGUACUAUUUCAUAGGUUAUCCGGCUUAUCUGCACAUUAUGGCUAUGGCAGAAUCUAAGAAUCAAGGUGAAGAUCUUCUUGACGAGUUGGAGUUGAUGGAGAAGCUGGAACUAUUUACAAAGUCUGAAAUCAAAACAAUUAAAAAGAAGAGAGAGGAGUUCGAAACCAAGUUGGCUCGUCACUCAAGUAAUAAAGAGGAUGUUCUCCAGUACAUUGAGAGCGAGGUAGCAAUACUCAAGACGGUUCGAUCUCGAAAAUUGGAAAAAGAAUUGCCGUCAAACAAAUCCACUAUCGAGUAUGCUAUCGCUAAUCGUGUCAAAAAUUUGUUCAAUGAUGCUAUACGAAGAUAUUCCGACGAUGUUAAAAUUUGGAUAUCCUACGUCAACUUCUGCAAGCAAAUUGGUUUACAUUCGUCUGGUAGUGAGGUGUUCCAGCAAAUGUUGAAGUAUCAUGGCGACAAGGCGGGUGUCUACGUUCUUGCCGCCAACUGGGAACUGGAGGAGUGCAAAAACAUCGAAAAGGCGCGCAACCACUUACAGACCGGAUUGCAUAUUCACAACGACUGUGACAAACUUUACAUUCACCUUUUUCGUCUCGAAUUGAAAUCCAUCAGUAUAAAAGUGAAUGAGGAACUAAAGAGUGAAGAUAAAUCCACGCCCAAUCCAGAUGAAUCGAUCUACGCUCCCCUUGAUGCUAUCUACGACAUUGCUGUCAGAAAAAUUAACAAUGUGCAAAUCAUGGUUCAGCUGUUGGAACGCGCUAAGCCCUACGAAUUCACCGCCAAUCUCCAGAACAAAAUCGUAGCUGAUAUGCAGGAGAAGUUCCCCAAAGAAGAAGUCACUUGGGAUACUGUAGCCAAAAUGGCUCUGUAUAAUACUAAUAACAAGGAGAAAUCUUCUGCAAAAGAAAGAUUAAGCAACUGCGUCAGUGAGUACAAAACAGCAUUGAAGAACGUGAAUACAGAGAAAAUGUGGAGUAUGUACCUUGCGACAUUAAUCAAGGUGCUGAAUGACAACGUUCAGUUCCCGUUUCCUAAUUACAAGAGAAAGCUGAAUUUCCAAGCUUUCAGUGACGCUGAUGAAGCUAACAAUCUGUCAGAAAAGUACUAUCUGCUAUGGAUCGAGCAGCUCCGGAAAGACAUGCCGUCUUUUGAACCGUUGAAAAAGUCGCAAGUUGAUGACACAAAGAAGCAGACAUCGGGCAGCCAAGACGACUCAACUCCUGAAGAGUUGGAUGAAUUCCCACCUCAGGAGAAUUCAGGUGACAAGAGUACAUCCUCAAAGAGUACAACUUGGGACACACUGCGCCAGGUCCUAGAGAAGGCGACAGAGAAACACAGCUCUAGUAUUGCGCUUUGGGACAAGCGUCUCAGUCUGAACAUGACGUGGGGUGACGAUUCUGCUGUUGAGGCCAUCUUUGAACAGGCAAACACAUGUCUGCAGGAGAACUCGCUUCCGCUUUGGAAGCUGAUGCUGCCAUACUGGCAGCUCAGUGACCCCGAUAAGGUUGAUAAAUUACUGGAGAGGGGCUCAAAUCAGAUAGAUCAGCCGAAUUUAUGCAACCCGCUGAGAGUAAUUAGGCUGGAAUGGGUUGCUCUGACCGAGGGACUGGCUGCUGCUCGCAAGCUUUAUUUCGAAAUCGUCCAAAAACCUCCCACUUCCAUGCAGCUGCAUCAAAAGAUGAUUGCGCUUGAUACUAUUCAGCCCAGAAAGAGCAUCGAAAACAUACGCAUGUACUACAUAUUUCCGUGUGUCGAAUUCGGCGCUGACAAUAUAGAUGUGUGGAUGAACUAUUUCAAGUUUGAGAAGAAACACGGCAAUUACUCAAAUAUUGCAGACAUCUACGGCCAGGCCUGCUCCAAACUGAAUGACUCUCUCAUCGAAGAAUUCAAAAACGAAUAUAACGUGGAAUUAAAGAAGCCCUAAAUCGGUUGACAUUCACGGAAUCCAGUUUUCCGAAGAUCUCAAUUAUAUUAUACAGUAUUAUGAUUGUUGUUAUUGUAUUUGUAUUUGUAAGUGUGUGUAAAUGAGUGAUUGAAUUGACACUCCCAUCCCAUAACUUCAUAACUAUAAACAAAGUACUUGCCACUUUUUGCUAUCCUAAAUGAACUUAUUCAUAUAAUUUUGAAAUGUAUAGUUCCUUUAUUGCCAAAUCAGUAUUUAUAUAUAUAUAUAU